CAGCCUCGAGACGCGGCGGACGGUCGCGUGCGCGGUUGCCCUCGGUCCUGGAGCCCAAGGGAAUCCAGAUGGCCGGUUCUGCUGUGGAUUCGGGCGCAGGAGGCCGCACAGCCAGCGCGCUGUUUGCGGGCUUCCGGGCCUUGGGGCUUUUCAGCAACGACAUCCCACACGUGGUGCGGUUCAACUCGCUCAAGCGCCGAUUCUAUGUGACGACCUGCGUGGGCAAGAGCUUCCAUACCUAUGACGUUCAGAAACUUAGCCUGGUUGCAGUCAGUAACUCUGUUCCACAGGAUAUCUGCUGUAUGGCAGCUGAUGGAAAGCUAGUCUUUGCUGCUUAUGGGAAUGUUUUCUCUGCAUUUGCUCGUAAUAAAGAGGUGGUACAUACUUUUAAGGGUCAUAAGUCAGAAAUUCAUCUUUUGCAACCCUUUGGGGAUCAUGUUAUUUCUGUUGAUAUUGACAGUGUUCUUAUUAUUUGGCACAUAUAUUCAGAAGAAGAGUAUCUACAGUUGACAUUCGAUAAAUCAGUAUUUAAAAUUUCUGCAAUUUUGCAUCCGAGUACCUACUUGAAUAAAAUACUUCUUGGCAGUGAACAAGGAAGUCUGCAGUUGUGGAAUGUAAAGUCCAAUCAGCUAAGUUAUAGCUACCUUGAUUUAAAAUUAAAAGUUGAAUAAUUUAAUUUUCAGGCACCAGCUGUAGAUGUUGUUGCUGUUGGCCUUAUGUCAGGUCAGGUGUUUAUUCACAACAUUAAAUUUGAUGAAACAUUAAUGAAGUUUCGUCAAGACUGGGGACCUAUUACUUCCAUAUCAUUUCGGACAGAUGGUCAUCCAGUGUUGGCAGCUGCAAGCCCAUGUGGCCAUAUUGGGCUAUGGGACCUAGAAGACAAAAAAUUAAUUAAUCAAAUGAGAAAUGCACAUUCUACUGCAAUUGCUGGGCUGACAUUUCUCCAUAGAGAACCACUUCUUGUCACAAAUGGCGCUGACAAUGCUCUCAGGAUAUGGAUAUUUGAUGGUCCCACCGGUGAAGGACGUCUUUUGAGAUUCAGAAUGGGACAUAGUGCUCCUCUUACCAGAAUCAGAUAUUAUGGACAAAAUGGGCAACAAAUUCUUAGUGCAAGUCAAGAUGGAACUCUUCAGUCAUUUUCCACAUUACAUGAAAAAUUUAACAAGAGCCUGGGACAUGGAUUAAUAAAUAAAAAGAGAGUCAAACGUAAAGGACUUCAAAAGACCAUGUCAGUGAGACUUCCACCUAUCACAGAGUUUGUAGCUGAGGAAGCUCGUGAGAGUGACUGGGAUGGUAUCAUUGCUUGCCAUCAGGGUAAGCUGUCUUGUUCAACCUGGAAUUAUCAAAGAUCUACAAUAGGUGCUUACUUUCUCAAGCCAAAAGAGCUGAAGAAGGAUGACAUAACUGCUACAGCAGUGGAUGUAACUUCUUGUGGAAACUUUGCUGUAAUUGGUCUCUCAUCAGGAGCUGUAGAUGUAUACAACAUGCAGUCUGGCAUACAUCGAGGAAGUUUUGGCAUGGAUCAAGCUCAUAAAGGGUCUGUGAGAGGUGUUGCAGUAGAUGGAUUAAACCAAUUGACAAUGACAGCUGGUAGUGAAGGAUUGCUCAAGUUCUGGAACUUUAAAAACAAAACUUUUAUCCAUUCUGUGAGCCUUAAUUCAUCUCCAAAUAUGAUUCUGCUCCAUAGAGACAGUGGCAUUCUGGGACUUGCCUUGGAUGACUUCUCCAUUUGUGUUCUGGACAUAGAAACCAGGAAAAUUGUCAGAGAAUUUUCUGGACACCAAGGCCAAAUAAAUGACAUGGCUUUCAGUCCUGAUGGUCGUUGGUUAAUAAGUGCUUCAAUGGAUUGCUGUAUUAGAACUUGGGACCUCCCAUCUGGGUGCCUUAUAGACAGCUUUUUAUUGGAUUCUGCCCCUCUCAAUGUUACUAUGUCCCCAACUGGAGACUUUCUGGCCACUUCUCAUGUGGACCACCUUGGAAUUUACCUAUGGUCCAACAUUUCCCUAUAUUCAGUUGUUUCAUUGCGGCCACUUCCAGUAGAUUAUGUUCCUUCAGUAGUAACACUACCUGGUACUUGUCAAACACAAGAUGUGGAAUUACUGGAAGAAACUGUAGAACAAAGUGAUGAAAUGGUAACAUAUGAUUCCCCAGAACAACUAAAUGAGCAGUUGGUGACUUUAUCGCUUCUUCCUGAGUCACGGUGGAAAAACCUUCUUAAUCUUGAUGUUAUUAAGAAAAGGAAUAAGCCAAAGGAACCACCCAAAGUACCCAAAUCAGCACCAUUUUUCAUUCCAACGGUUCCUGGUCUCGUACCUAGAUUUGCUGCACCUGAGCAAAAUAAUGAUCCCCAAAAGUCUAAAGUGGUAAAUCUUGGAUUUCUGGCGCAAAAAUCAGAUUUCUGCUUGAAACUUGAAGAAGGAUUGGUAAAUAAUGAAUAUAUGGCUGCUUUUAACCUUCUGAAAGAAUUAGGCCCAUCAGGGAUUGAAACAGAGCUGCGAAGCUUGUCUCCUGAUUGUGGUGGGUCUGUAGAAGUCAUGCAGAGCUUCUUAAAAAUGAUCGGGGUGAUAUUGGAUAAAAAGCGUGAUUUUGAAUUAGCACAAGCAUACCUUGCACUGUUUUUAAAGUUACAUCUUAAAAUGCUUCCUUCAGAGCCUGUACUCAUAGAAGAAAUGACAAAGUUGUUAUCACAGGUGGACGAAAACUGGAUCCAUUUACAGUCACUCUUCAAUCAAAGCAUGUGUGUUUUAAAUUAUAUAAAAAGUGCUUUGUUAUAAAAUUAAUUUGUAACUAAAUAAAUUAAUGGAUUCAAU